AUGAAUGUUGGCGAAGUCCAUGACUUCAGGUUCAAUGCAGGGAGUCACGACUUCCCAGGCAUCGACUUGCCGGACGAGCUUGCAAGAAUUCUGCAGAGUUUGACUCCCAACGCAGCACAAGCCGAGAAAGCAAACUUUACCAGGAAUAUCAAUCCUUCCAAGAUGCAACUCAAAGUCAACAACACGCUUUUCAUCUUAUCCGUCGUAGGGGUAGCCCUCGCUAUACCUCUCCAGGCCAGAGCCCCGGCUGGUAUCAUCGGGGGUGCUGCCUCUGGUGCCACUGAACUUGCUGGAAGUAUUGCCGGUGGCGUGGCUCAAGCUGGCGAAGGUAUUGGGAGCGGAGGGCUCAGCGAUGUUGGAGGAGUUGCGGGCAACGUGGGCAACGCCGCUGACAGCGGGGUCAUCGCUGUUGUGAAUUCCACCGAUGCCAUUUUCCACUCGAGCUCUUAG